AUGAUGGAUAAAUACAAAUAUGGUAUUUCAUUUGACUCAUGAGCUAGCACAAUCAUUAUAUAGAUCUAAGAAUUAUAAACACUCUUUUAUAACAACCUAAUUAUGUUGUAGAGUUAAAGUUCAGCAUAUAUGGGAGUAGACAAAUCUAAAUGAUGAAUCUGAAACAGUAAAAAGUGCAGGCUUGUUAUGUAGAUAUGAUGAUAAAGGAAUAAUAAAAUUCAUCAAAAGAGUUGUUGAUUCAGCUGAUACUUAUACAUAUGAAUAAUAGAAAUGGUUAUAGAAUGCAAUUCAAAAAAUAUAUUAUGAAUCAGAUUAAGAAUUAUCUCUUCAUGAAAUUCGUUUUGUGAUAAAAGAAAUUCAAAAAGAACAUGAGAAUAGCAAUAAAACAAAGACUAUUAGUUGUCUAUAACUUUUGUGUUAGAUAUUACUUUGUCUAGGUCGAAUAGAUGAAGCUUUAUCAAUUUGGCCAUCUUUUAUUGGAUUAGAACCCACUUCUUUAAUUGGAUAUCAAAAAUAAGGUAUUUAUUAAAGAAUUUAAUAACAAGCAUAACUAUUGGCUAAGUUAAAAAAUGAAGAAUAAAGUAUUGAUGUUUGGAAUCUAUAUUUAAGCAAUAAUAAACAAGAAGAGUUUACAUAUUGUCAAUAAAAAUGUAUAUUUUCAAAUAAUUUAUAGCUUAGUUCCUUUUUAUUCAAUUAGAUAGAAUGUAAGAAGCAGUUUAAGUAUGGAAUGAUUAUAUUUUAAAAAAUCCUAAUUAUCUUGAUGCAUAUGUCAAUAAAGGUAUAUAUUAAUGAAUAGUAAAUGUUUUUAUUAGCUGAUCUAUUACAUUAAAUGUUUGAUAUUGAUGGAGCAUUAGAAGUUUAUGAAGAUUAUAUAAAGAAACAUUAAAAUGAUUAUAAAGGUUAUAGAAUUAAAGGUAAAAUACUAUUCUCUACAAUAAAGCUGAUUUUCUUGUUUCUUUGAAUUAAUUUGAUGAUGCAAUAGAGGUUUGGGAAAGAUAUUUACAAUUAUUUCCAAAAGAUAAAAAAGCUUAUGAAAAAAUGGGUAAUUUCUAUAUAAUUAUCAAAAGUGAUGGUUGUUAAUCUAAAAUACUAAUGAUAUAUGCA